UUAGGCUCAAAUAAUGUGCGACUGAUUCGUGUUUUGAAGUUUCACAUCUUUUUCCUAAUUUGUGGGUCCUUUCUCUCUAAAAAUUGACAGGCUAAUCAACAGCCUGGAAAGGGCUGGUAAUUCUGGUGAGCUCAAUUUCUGCUUCACUUUACCUGAGUUUUCAUGGUAGUUGGUACUACUACUUGAUACUCCGUAUUUGUAUUCUUCCUUUCUUGCUGCCAUUGAUGCCCCUUCUCUCAACUGGGCACACUUUCACCUCUAACUCUUUUCUCUCUCCUCCAAAUUGUAUGCUCAAUUGAAAAGAGAUCUGAAGGUGUUCGACGAAAUGUCUCAGUGAGAAUAAGAUUGCUGUCAACUUGGGUUUGUUCCAUUUGGGCAUGUUUUGGGGUUAAUUUUGUUUUUCGGUUUUGAAUUGUUCUGGUGAUUGCUUAAAUUAAGCAAAUAUUGUGGUACUUGGAGCUUUCAAAGAUGAAGAUUAUGAAAUGGGGGCCUUUGUUUAUAGCUUUGAUUUUAUAUGGGGUGUUUGUUUGUAGCUCAAAUGCAGCCUUUAUUCCUGCUGAUUCUUACUUGUUAGCUUGUGGUUCUUCACAAAAUGUCACUUUUCAAGGCCAGACCUUUAUCCCUGAUUUAGAACAUUCCUCCGUUAAACUCAGUAGUCAAGCCAAUUCACUUGUUGCCACCACCAAUUCUAGUGCCCCCUUCCCAAUUUACCAAUCUGCCCGAAUUUUCACGCGUAGUGUGUCUUAUGAAUUCAAUAUCAAACAAAAAGGCCAUCAUUGGGUUCGGUUGUAUUUCUGUCCGAUUUGGAGUCCUGGGCAUGACUUGAAGUCGGCGUCCCUUACUGUUGUUACUGAGAACUUUGUGCUCCUAAAUAACUUCACAUUUAAGGACUUCAAGGGUUCUUAUAUGUGGAGGGAGUUUGCCAUCAAUGUUGAUUCGGAUUCCUUGACUCUCACCUUUAUUCCUUCAAACAAUUCAAUUGCGUUUGUGAACGCGAUUGAAGUUGUCUCCGUCCCAGUUGAAUUGUUCCCUGACCAGGCUUUGGCCUUGCCAUCAACUUCUGUUAGUGGGAUUUCAGAGCUAGCACUCGAGACUGUGUAUCGAGUGAAUAUGGGCGGUCCAUUGCUUACUGCUCAAAAUGAUACACUAGGAAGAAUGUGGCAGAACGAUCUGCAAUAUCUUCAUGUGAAUAGCUCUGCCACGAAUGUUUCUGUCAGCCCUUCAACUAUCAAGUAUCCAGCUUCAGUUACUCCUGAAACAGCACCAAACUGGGUUUAUGCCACCUCUGAAAAUAUGGGAGAUCCGAAUGUGGCAAAUAGUAACUUCAACAUUACCUGGGUUUUUAAUGUUGAUCCAGAUUUCUCCUACUUCCUAAGGAUCCAUUUUUGUGAUAUUGUCAGCAAGUCUCUCAAUUCUCUUGUUUUCAAUCUGUACAUUAACUCGGAUGUUUGGGAAAGUGUAGACCUCUCAACUAUAACUGGGGGUCUUGCUGUGCCUUACUACAAAGAUUUUGUUGCAAAUUCUUCAGAUUCAGGAGUCUUGACCAUAAGUGUUGGUCCAGACUCUGCAGCUGAUAGUGAUGGUGCUAUCAUGAACGGUCUGGAGAUCAUUAAGAUGAGCAAUGAAGCAAGAAGCUUGGAUGGAGUUUCUCCUGUCGAACAUCUUCUUCCUCCUUCAGCAUCGAAAAAGAAGCAUACUGUAAUAAUCAUUGGUUUAGCUAUAGCUGGUGUUGCUGCAGUGGUGAUGAUGGCUCUCUUCUAUUGCUGCUUUGUUUCUCGCAAGUCAAAGGAUCCUCAACAAGGACAUUCAUGGUUGCCUUUGCCAUUGUAUGGGAUUGGAAACUCACUGACAUUGACAAAAAUGUCUACUGUUUCUCAAAAGAGUGGAACUGCUAGCUGCAUAUCAUUGACUUCCACCAAUCUUGGUCGGUUCUUCUCUUUCCAGGAAAUCACGGAAGCGACCAAUAAGUUCGAUGAGACUAUGCUCCUUGGAGUUGGUGGUUUCGGAAGAGUUUACAAGGGAACACUUGAAGAUGGGACUAAUGUAGCUGUUAAAAGAGGAAAUCCAAGGUCUGAACAAGGUAUAGCUGAGUUCAGAACCGAAAUUGAAAUGUUAUCUAAGCUAAGACAUCGUCAUCUUGUUUCUCUGAUUGGGUACUGUGAUGAGAGGUCUGAGAUGAUAUUGGUGUAUGAAUACAUGGCUAAUGGACCUCUGAGGAGCCAUCUUUAUGGUGCAGAUCUUCCAUCUCUCUCAUGGAAACAGCGGCUUGAAGUAUGCAUUGGUGCUGCGAGAGGAUUGCAUUAUCUCCACACUGGUGCAACUCAGAGCAUUAUACACCGAGAUGUCAAGACAACAAAUAUCCUCUUGGAUGAGAAUUUGGUGGCUAAGGUGGCUGAUUUUGGCCUCUCAAAAACUGGACCUUCUCUUGAUCAGACCCAUGUUAGCACAGCUGUUAAAGGAAGUUUUGGGUACCUUGAUCCUGAGUACUUCAGAAGACAACAGUUAACUGAAAAGUCAGAUGUAUAUUCAUUUGGAGUAGUUUUGAUGGAAGUUCUCUGCACUAGACCAGCUUUGAACCCCGUUCUCCCAAGAGAGCAAGUAAAUAUAGCAGAAUGGGCAAUGACCUGGCAAAAGAAGGGGAUGCUUGAUCAAAUUAUGGACUCAAACCUUGUGGGUAAGGUAAAUUCUGCUUCGUUGAAGAAAUUCGGGGAGACUGCAGAGAAGUGCUUGGCAGAGUAUGGGGCGGAUAGGCCGUCAAUGGGAGAUGUCUUAUGGAAUCUUGAAUAUGCUCUUCAGUUGGAGGAGAUGUCAUCUGCUCUUGCUGAACCUGAAGAUAACAGCACCAAUCAUAUUCAAGGUUUACCAUUGUCCUCACUUGAGCAAUUUGACAAUAGUGUUAACAUUAUGAAUGGACCUAACUCUGGUACGGAUGAUGAUGUAGAAGAUACUACAACGAGCGCUGUAUUUUCUCAAUUAGUAAAUCCCCGUGGAAGAUGAGAGGAACCAUUUCUCUGAUAAACACGUUUGGGUGCUCCAAAUGAAGGUUAAGUUAAAAUUUGAUUCUUCUUUGUUGGCUUCAUUGUUUUCCUAUUUUGAUUUGUAAUAUAGUGAAGAAAGAAUACUUGGUAUAAUGCAGCCAUCCAAUACUGUCCUCACGAUUGUUGUAGGAAGCCUAUUGUUUACUCUUUGUUCUUAUUUAUUUGGAUUUAUAUUACACUUCUGGAUAUGGAUAUAUGUAAUCAAUUUACGAAACACUCGUUCAACAAUGCAAAAAACAAAGCACGGUUUCUGCAA